AAGAAGAAAAUUGUCCCAUUGCGGUUUCCGUAGUGUCGUUAGAACGUGAUUUUAUCCACAUGCCUUGAAGUAACUUAAGUUAUAAUCUUCUAUAAAGUUAAGAUUGCUUAACGGGCUAUGUUUCAUUUAUUUUACCGACCUCAUUUUGUUUUUCGUGAUCCUAGUUAUAUGGAAAGUGGACGUGACAUUAUUCACCACCUUAGCUAGUUUUAAAGGCCGUCAGUUCUUAGUGGUAUAAUGUUUACGGUAGUGAAAACACCUCGUUGGUUCUUGUUAGAAACGUCUUUAGUGCGCAGCUUUGGACAAGAGGUGAAAAAUAACAUCUGGAGUUCGUUUGGUCUACGUGGCUUACCUGUAUCAGCGGUUUGGAGAUGCACAGGUGGAGGUGUUAGAGAUGUUUCCACCUCCACUCAACUUUACGGAAAAUCCCGAGGAAACCCGAAGAAGAAGGAGGCGUCCGAAAAGAAGCUGAGCCGACACUUUGUGGACUACCGGCGUGUGAAGCUGGUGGCUGGAUCAGGGGGUAAAGGAGCCUGCAGCUUCCACAGCGAACCUCGAAAAGAAUGGGGCGGCCCAGAUGGAGGGAAUGGAGGUGACGGAGGAAGCAUCAUUAUAAAAGCUGACCGGUUUGAGAAAUCCCUGGCACAAGUGGUUCCAGUUUACAGAGGAGAGGACGGGCAGUCGGGUGGCAGCAAGAAUUGUUAUGGUCGGAAUGGCAGGAUAACGUACAUCUCUGUGCCUUUAGGUACUGUAGUUAAGGAGAUGGGAGAAACCGUAGUGGACCUUGCUGAGCACGGUCAGGAGUAUUUGGCAGUAUUUGGAGGAGCUGGAGGAAAAGGGAAUCGAUUCUUUCUGUCCAAUGAGAACCGAGCCCCAGUGACAGCGACCCAGGGUAUGUCAGGUCAGGAGCGCGUGCUGCAGCUAGAGUUACGCACCAUGGCUCACGCUGGACUGGUUGGCUUUCCGAAUGCUGGGAAGUCCUCCCUUUUGAGAGCUAUCUCCAAUGCCAGGCCUGCUGUGGCUGCUUAUCCUUUUACAACCCUCAAUCCUCAUGUUGGUAUUGUCGAGUACAGGGAUCACGAGCAGGUUGCAGUUGCUGACAUCCCAGGCAUCAUUCAAGGAGCCCACCAAAAUCGAGGCUUAGGGAUCUCCUUCUUGCGCCACAUUGAGCGUUGUCGUUUUCUCCUCUUUGUUCUGGACCUGUUGGUGCCAGAGCCCUGGACUCAGCUCAAACACUUGUGUUAUGAACUGGACCAGUACGAGCCUGGUCUCUCUCAGAGGCCUCAGGUCAUUGUAGCAAACAAAAUGGACCUGCCAGAGGCCCGAGAGAAGCUGGAGACCCUGAAGAGCCAUGUUAGCCAGAGAGUCAUCCCUGUGUCCGCUCUCACUGGAGAAAACACAGAGGAGCUCAUCCUCCACCUUAGGGAGUUGUAUGAUGGUUACCUUCAAGGUUGUGGUGAAGAGAAACCUAUUAGGUGGUAGGAAAUGUUUUUGUAAACUGUUUUGAUUUAUUUAAAUUGUUAAUAAACUAAUAAAUAAGACAAA